GGACAAGAUCUUCUGGCAGAUCAUUUACGACGCCGCAGUUCUAGUAUGAUUGAACUACGUCGGCCUCCUCAAAGAGCGCUUCCGUCCAAUCGGCAUCCCCAGUUAGGUGCUGGGGAUCACAGUGAUCAGGGUGCUAUCCCGAUGUUUGCCUCCACUCCACAUCGUGAGUUGUAA